AGUUGCGAAAUAGCGUCGAUUUUGACUUUAAUUAAUUAUUAAACAUAACCAAUGAUAAAAGUUGAUCGAAAACCAAAGAAUCGCAGAACCGAGCACGAGACAAAGUGUCUUUGUUAUAGUGUUGGUAUUCCGGGUGUUUGAUUUUAUUAACGUUUGAGGUUAUGUUUUUUGAAAAUUAAAGUUUUGAAUGUCUACUUCAGCAAGGUUUUAGAUUUUUGCUUUCUCAAACUAAAAUGCUGCUGGUUUCAUGAAAAGGAUUACAUAGUUAAAAUAAAACAAAAUCACCUGCAAUGGGAGACAGAAUCGAUACAUUCAUAUAGAUACAAUUUAUGAACCAGGAACUAAUGAAAUCAGAUAAUGGCAGGAUCAACAAAAAGAGAUAACGAUGAUAACACACUCCAAUUAUUGCAAAGUAGAGAGCCACAGUUGCGAGCACAAAGCAACUUGGCAAUGCCAUUCAUCGAACAAGAACAAGAGACAAGUGCAGUAACUAGAAGUAAUGACGUCGUUUAUUUAAAAAAAUCUCUCAGUAAAAAGGCGAAGAAGAGAUUAAAAUGUGCGGGCAUAUUUUUAAUUAUACUAUUAAUAAUAGUCUUUUUACUGGCAUUUGUGGGAUUGCCAGUAUUUUUUAUGAAUUCGCUUGCGCUUCAAAGGCUUAUCAUGUUCACCAACUUGGGGUUACCCAGUGAAGUAAGCCACUUCAGAAAAUAUGAAUUAAAACCAGGUUUAAGAAACUUCUAUGUAUCAGUAAAGGACGUACUUAGUAAAGAUGUAAUUUCACUGGGUGUGUGGCAUUUGUUGCCUUACACAUUUCAAGAACAUGUAAUUACUGAUCAAAAUUUUGAUUAUGAUGAUGCUCUACUAAACAGUAAUAUGAGUGUUUUGCUAUAUUUUCAUGGUACAGGUGAAGACAGAAGCUCUUCACUAUCAAAAUAUAGCAUUUUUAGAUUUUUCUUUCAUGUGAUAACAUUUGAUUAUAGAAAUUAUGCUGAUUCUUCAAAAAAUGAGUUAUCUGAAGAUGCAGUAGUUAAUGACUGUGUGCAAUUAUAUGAAUGGUUAACUACUAAAACUAAAUCACGUAUAAUUAUAUGGGGGCAUUCACUGGGGAGUGCAUUAGCAACACACACUGUUUCAUUAUUACAAACAAAACCCAAUGUUACUCAGCCUGUAGGUUUAGUUCUUGAAGCUGCCUUUACAAAAAUGAGUGAAGAAUUGUAUGUUCAUCCUUACGGUAAAAUAUUUGCGUGGCUACCAUGGUUUAAAGCUACCAUUCUGAGGCCUCUAGAGAAAAACGGAUUUUUAUUUGAUACUAGCAAAAAUAUUUUAAAUGUAGAAUGUCCUGUCAUGAUACUGUGUGCUGAAGAUGAUAGCAUAGUACCAUAUAAAUUUGGACAAAAGAUACGUGAGAUUGCACAAAACAGAAGUGUGCUAAAUACAACGUUUUAUUAUCAAUUUGAUUAUAAUUUAAAUUAUGAUCAUUUUUUCAUAUAUCAGGAUCCAUUUAUACCUUACUUUAUAAACUAUUUUCAGUUCGUUUGUACCGAUGGACGAUCCAGUGAUAUUUAAAUGUAACAAAUUUACAUUAACCUUUGUGAUGUGUCUUUAGAAAUUAGGAAAUAUUUAUUUAACUAUUGGAAAACGGUGAUGCUAGUCUAACAAUAAGAAGAAAAUGACAAUGAAACGCAGUAUUAAUAUCCAUAAGUGCUGUGGAUAUCAUUUACUGACCUUACGUAACGUCUGUUCUAACAUUAUUUUAUAUAAGAACAGUAAGUACAGAACAGAAAUACAGUAUUAUUUUUAUAAA